AGUUCACCAGGCGGCUUCAAGACGGGACUUCCAAUGAACUACGGCCGAGCGCAGAGGCUGUGCGGCGGCGCUGUCGCUGUCAGAAAAAAAAAAUGCGGAGCUGCCCAUCCCGCCGGCCUGCCCUCGCUUGCACUGGCUGGAACACCACCUACCUCAGGCAGCGGCCAUUGAUUGAAUUGGGGCACUACUUGACUGCGCCGUUCUGCACACCAGACGGACCAUCGUCACCGCCCCUCAACGCCGACGUCGUCCAUCCUCCGCGGACUCCCGGCUCCCAACUCCACGGACUCGGGCGCCCGCUUGCCUGCUGCCCGCCUGCUGCCCGCCGCCCUGUCGGUCGCAGUACGCACGUAGUGGCUUUCCUUGUCCGGCCCAGCCUUGGCUGCACGGAACCAACCCGACUCGCCUGUCCGUCCGACCGACCGUCUGCCUGUCCGUCCGAUCGAUCGAUCGACCCGGCCCGGCCUUGGUCUGCCGGCUCCGUGCGGCCCCCGCCCCCCCGGGACGUUCGUGGGUGCGGUGCGACUGCGACCGAGAGAGAGCUGCGCGCGCGCGCAACACCAACCAACCGUCGCCAACAGAGAGGCCCAGCGGUCGCAUCGUCUCGCCUUCGCUCCCGCUCCGCAGCCUCGAGGCCGCUUCCGCCCCUGAUCCCGAGGCCCAGCCCAGCCCAGCCCAGCCCGGCCCAGCCCGGCGGCUGCGGUGGUGGUGGCGCUGGCCCAAGAGACGGCAGGCAGCUCUUGCAGCCCCCCCGUCCUCCACGGCGUCAUUGGACGCGCGCCUCCGUCGUCACCACCGCCGGCAUUUGUUUGGGGCUGAAUGUCGGCCCCCGUUACGAGUGCCGCCGGGGCGACAUCCCGCGAUCAGACCGUUGUCAUGGGGCCCAAGACGAGCUUCAGUCCCGACUCGUGCCCCUCGUCAGCAACGGCCUCCUCGUCCUCGUCCUCGUCCUCAUCCUCCUGCGGCGGCUCGACCCGAGACGGCUGUUCCUCGUCGCCGCCUCCCUCGGCUUCAUCGCCAACUUCCUCCUCGGCCAUUGCGGCCGUGCCGUCUGCCGCCAAUGCCACUCCCACCCCUCGCCAGCCAUUGAGUCGUCGCGGCCACUUCAAGUCGCGCCUUGGCUGCUUCAGCUGCAAGCGGCGCCGCGUCAAGUGCAACGAGUUGCGCCCCGAGUGCGCUCCCUGCCGUCGCCUCGGCCUCACCUGCGUCUACCCCCCAGCUGCCAGCAAUGCGUCGCCGUCGGCUUCCUCCUCCAACACCGUUGGUGUCGCCGCCGCCGCCGCCUUGCGCGCCAACCCUUCGAUGCUCGCCCUCCAAGACCUGCGCUUUUACCACCAGUUCCUGACUACGGCCUUCCCCACGCUUCCCCUCCGCAACGGCCAGGUCUGGUCCGACGCCGCCGCCAUGUCCCACCAGUAUGAGCACCUGGCCCACGCCCUGCUCGGACUUGGCGCCUCCAACCUCUCGCAAAACGGCAACGUCGACUACACCUCGCAGGCUCUACAGCAUCGCGUCGUCGCCAUCAAACUGUUCAACGAGCAGCUCAGUCGGCCGCCGACGUCGGCUGCCGACGCCGACGCCCUCUUCGCCACCGUCCUCUGCCUCCUCACGCAGUCGUCCCUACUCUCUGACACAAUGAUCGAGUACAUGACCAUGACUCGGGGCGCCCACCUCGUUGCCACCUCGGUCAUCACCGACUACACCACCUCCAUCUUUCGGACCUUUACGCCCCAGGGCCACAUCCAGUCGCUCACCGCCGUAGUCUGCGAGAUGCCCAAGGAUUUUGCCGUCACUGACGCCUUCAGGGCGUCUGUCGCGAGCCUCGAGCCCCUGUGUCAUGAGCAGACCGAGAGAGCCUACCUGGGCUGCCAGCUUCGGUGCAUUGACGCCCUCCAUGAGUCGUCCCUCGCCGCUUGGAAAGAAUUUGUCAUCUUGUACAUGAUGCCAUCAUCCUUUUCGAACCAAGAGUUUCUCUCUCUUAUCGAUGCGGAGAACCAUGUCGGCCGACUGCUCGUCAUCCACAUGUUCCUGCUCGACUACAUUCUCGGCCGGUUCUGCAUCGCCCCGGCAGACUGCCCAAAGUUGCCGGGACGGAAAAAUGUCAUUAUUGGCUGGACAAGGGAUCUGGCCAAGACCUUGCCCAGCGAGUACCAAAAGUACAUUCAGUGGCCGCUCGAGUACUGCGAGGUGCUGGCUGGCCUGGAUGCGCGGUACCUACUCAGCCCUUGACCGACGUUUCAUCAUAUUAUUACUACGUAUUUAGCUCGACGACCCGCCACACCAAGAACACGGCCCACAGAACGUGUUGAGUGGUGCGCAGGGUCUACAAUGUGUCCACGACGGAUGGAAGUACUACAUGGAGCCCAGGACGAGGGUGUUGCAAAUGGUCUGCUCACCAUAGACAGGCAUUUGCGUCUGCUAGAUUUACCCCAGCGGCUGCUCAAAUGAGUAGGCCCUGGUGGCCACCAUCAUCUAGGACGGCGUUUGCGUGGGAUCUGCUCAGAUGGUCCCCAAGUAGCCAUUGUGAUCCAAUAUGGAAACAUCUUAGCUACACGCUCGUACCUAUAAUGCCAACAUCAAUCACUAUGAGGUAGCCGCUUACUGUUGCCCUCGCGUGUGACACGCACGAACCAAAGACUUGCUGGCCGUCUGUUCGUGGCCCGCCCAGCCCACUUGUUGGGUUGCUGGUGAUGCAAGAUUCCACUUGGCUCGCAAACCUCGCACGACCCACCGACCCACUCGGCGAGCGCGUCGCCGCUCUCGCACGCGAACGGGACGGUUCGGUACUGCCGCCACGGGGCGAGGGUCACAAGCUUCAUCAUCUGUCGGCGACGGUGGCGCGUGCUGGACUGCCUCCGCGGUGUGUAAGUAGAGACGCCGGGAUGUACGUAGUGAAUCGCCUGCUUGGGCCACUCCUUUCAUGUUGCCCACGCGUAGCAAACACGUGCGUUUGUAUAGGCUAUUAGUUAGGGGGGGCAUUGCCCUCGGAUAUGGCAAGCAAUGAAUGAAGAAAUAAAGAGC